AAUUAAAACAUUGAUUAUAUACUGAAUUUUGGUGUUGAUUGGUUAGAUAAUAUACAGCUUAUUAAGAUCGGCAUUUGUAUCUUGUAGGAUUGGUAAGAUUAAACAUAGGAAAUUUUUCGUAGAUAUUUUUUGGGUUGAUAUUAACCAUUCCAGACCCAGAUCUUUGCUGAAGGCAAUUUUAAUUUCACGUUUUUUCUUUAUUAUUUCUAAAAAUUAACAUUCGACUUAUCAUGAAAGAAUUAAUCGUAUUUACAGAAAUUCGCGAAAGAGCAUCAACAUUAGUAUUAAUCUUUUCUGUUUAUACUUUAUUUCACAAUCGAAUUCUUCUGAUUUGAAUCUCUAUCUAAUGUAGGGUGUUUGAAUAAAUUGUUAGACAAGUAGAGCGUGAGAAAGAAAACACGUGUCGCCAAGUAGAGAAAUCAGCGCUUGACGAAAAGGUUGGCGUUGAUUUAUGAAGGGAUUGACAUUGUAGGCGUCUAUCAGUAUUAGUAACACAAAUAUGCUAAAUGUGUGUAUAUGAGGACACCGUGUGAUGGCGCGGUAUGUAUGGUUUUGGAGCGAUUAGGCCGAUAUGCGCGUCGGUGGCGCUGACUGGCGAAAUAAGAGUAGCCGGUAGAACACUUAAGAAUUCGGAGUCAUUGUGAAGACGUGAAAGUUAAUCUACGGAAGUCUUGUGUAAGCGUGAAAUACGGAAAAGAGACAUGAGGCCGAAACCUGCAGCAACGAUGAACAGCUAAAGCCACUGCGAGAUAUCGGCGGGCCGUGAUCUGUAGAUUUCCAUCUAACGCAAUGAGCUAUCAUCGAGGAAGUGGUAACAAACCAAAAGGCUUCGGCUUUACUGGCUUCCAAAUGUCUGGAGCAAAGAGAAGUGGCACCAACAUACCUCCACCUCCUCAAAAUUCCACUUUAAGCAAGCAAGGUUAUCACACGAUGCAUGCCAUUACCGAAAACGCCUUAUCUGCUAGCUGGGGUAUGCCUAAGAAGCGUAGCAAGACCGAAGAAGAAUAUUUUGAGGAUGAUGACGAACCUCCAACUUCUUCAUUGGAAUAUAUUCCUGCGCCUGGUUCUCCCACAUACGACUUGAUGAAGAAAUCAGCGACAAAGGAUGACAGCGACAGUGAAGAGGAUACUUUGGAUGCUUUUAUGGCAGGUAUCGACGCAGAAGUGAAGCGGAACAAUUGCGCAGCUCAACGCGGUGAUAAUCAUAAGGAAGACAAAUCCAAAGGAAUUCGAGCAGACAUUGACGGGGAAGAUGACGAAGAAAGUUAUUAUAGGUAUAUGGAAGAAAAUCCAACUGCUGGUUUGCAACAAGAAGAGUCUGAUCAAGAAAUUGAAUACGAUGAAGACGGCAAUCCUAUUGCACCACCGAAAAAGAAGGAGAUCGAUCCACUACCUCCGAUCGAUCAUAGCGAAAUAGAAUAUGAACCAUUUGAAAAAAACUUUUACAAUGUACACGAGGAGAUUGCAAGUUUAAGUAAACAGCAGAUUGACGAUUUAAAAAAGACUUUGGGUAUAAAGGUAUCUGGACCGUCCCCGCCGAAUCCAGUCACAAGUUUUGGCCAUUUCGGCUUUGAUGAUGCGCUCAUUAAAACUAUCCGUAAGAACGAAUACACACAGCCCACACCUAUUCAGGCACAGGCAGUCCCCGCUGCCUUGAGCGGGCGAGAUAUAAUAGGUAUAGCGAAAACUGGUAGUGGUAAAACGGCAGCAUUUAUCUGGCCGAUGUUAGUACACAUUAUGGAUCAGCGUGAAUUGAAAGCUGGAGAUGGCCCAAUUGGUCUCAUUUUGGCUCCAACGAGAGAAUUGUCUCAACAGAUUUAUCAAGAAGCAAAGAAAUUUGGAAAGGUUUAUAAUAUUCAAGUUUGUUGCUGCUAUGGAGGUGGCAGCAAGUGGGAACAAAGCAAAGCAUUGGAAAGUGGCGCGGAGAUUGUAGUUGCUACUCCUGGUAGAAUGAUCGAUUUAGUUAAGAUGAAAGCAACGAAUUUAACUAGAGUUACAUUUCUAGUUCUGGACGAAGCCGACAGAAUGUUUGAUAUGGGAUUUGAACCGCAAGUACGAUCUAUAUGUAAUCACGUGAGACCUGACAGACAAACAUUGCUAUUUAGCGCGACAUUCAAAAAAAAAGUAGAGAAGCUCGCUAGAGACAUUUUAACAGAUCCCAUUAGGAUAGUGCAAGGAGAUGUUGGUGAAGCUAACACCGAUGUGACGCAACAUGUGAUUAUGUUCCAUAAUAAUCCUAGUGGUAAAUGGAAUUGGCUAUUGCAGAACUUGGUUGAAUUUCUAAGCGCUGGCAGUCUUUUGAUCUUUGUCACUAAGAAGCUGAACGCGGAAGAACUUGCCAACAAUCUCAAACUGAAAGAGUUUGAUGUAUUACUUUUACAUGGUGAUAUGGAUCAGCUUGAGAGAAAUAAAGUGAUUACCGCUUUUAAGAAGAAGGAUGUCAGUACUUUAGUCGCUACUGACGUAGCCGCGCGAGGCUUGGACAUUCCACAUAUCAAGACUGUCGUGAAUUACGACGUAGCACGAGAUAUCGAUACGCAUACACAUAGAAUAGGAAGGACAGGACGAGCCGGUGAAAAAGGCACGGCAUUUACCCUUGUGACGGAAAAAGACAAGGAGUUUGCUGGACAUUUAGUGAGAAAUUUGGAGGGAGCGAAUCAAGAAGUUCCAAAGAGUUUAAUGGAUUUGGCUAUGCAAAGCGCGUGGUUUAGGAAAUCGAGAUUCAAAGGUGGAAAAGGAAAAAGUUUAAAUAUCGGUGGCGCAGGACUUGGUUUUAGAGGCAGACCUAAUGUAUCCAAUUCGGGUGGAUCAACGUCACAAGCAUCCAAGGAUAUUAGUGAGGUAGUUAAAAAGUUGGAAAGACACGGACCUGGUAGUGACAGACUUUCCGCUAUGAAGGCCGCUUUCCGAAGUCAAUAUAAUUCCCAGUUUCGAGCAUCGUCGGAUCACACCUGGGAACAAACAAUUACUCCACCUUCCGUGAUAAUGCCGCCACCAAUCGUACCUCCACCGAAGCCUGCAGUGGUUCAAGAAAUUCAAGCUUCCAAUUCCUCGGGAUCGGAACGUAAAAGAGUGCGAAAAAGUCGAUGGGAGUGAUCAAGUUAGUGUACUAUUAUUUGUGCAUAUUAUAUAGCAGUAUAUAUACAUUAUAUCAAAAUGAUAUAUAAUGAACUGAACCUUGUUUUAUAUUACAAUAAAAUUUAAUUUUAGCAAUUCGUAUGAAA